GAUUUCGGGGGCCGGGGACAGACUGCCAGAUUAUCCUGCAUGCACGCGCUCCCCGAAACUUCUGCUUGUGUUCUUGUGUUCUCGGAAGCUCUUGCUGAUGGAGCGGAGGAAUGCCAAAUCUCACCCUCUCCGAAAACCUUCUGCCAAACACCGCUUUAACCCGAGGAAACCUUUUGAAUCACGCAAACUUUUUCGCUUCUCUUUGAAGGAGAGUAACUUUUAAAGAAAAGACGGGAGUGAUAGGAUUAGUUAAAGCACUCAUUGGAUGAUGGAUAUGUUGGAGAAAUCCACGCAUCUGUAAACUCGAAACUUUCCACACUUCGUUUUCUGCUGUCGUUAAGUGGUGCAAGGACGGCAGAACACGGACAGGGUUCUGAAUGAGAAGUUUUUACAGAGGAGCCAGGGGAAGAAGUUUGAGAAGUUGGACAGAUACAUUUAAUCUGUUCCUGUCCUGGGCUACCCUCACGUUCCCUUUUAGCGUUUGCGAUAUACGCACGGAACUUGGUCAUCUGAACUACCUGCGGAUUUAUCAGUUGUUUUUUUCACAUUCGGUAGAUAUUGUGAUUUUUUUUUCUGUCUGUUCGUUUCUUCCCAAGCCUGCUCUCGGUCGCUGUGGAUAUGUUGGCGUCUGCGCACGGGAGGUGGACCGCGCCGAGGUGCUGGGGAAGCCUCGUGCUGCUCUGUGGAUUGCUGUGCUGUGUGGCGGUGGUGGACGGGUGCCCCCAUAAGUGCAGUUGUUCUGGAUCUCAUGUGGAUUGCCAAGGUCAAGGCUUCAAGAACGUGCCGCGGGGAAUCCCCAGAAACGCCGAGCGCGUGGAUCUGGACCGGAACAACAUCACCCGCAUCACCAAGGUGGACUUCUCUGGCCUGAAGAACCUGCGUGUCCUGUGA